UCCCUGGGGACCGCGUACACUGUUGCAUCUGGGCGUGUAAGGCGGUGCUGUGUCCCUCAGGCCUCCCACCCCGUGGCUGGUGUCUCGGCCAGGUACCAUCUCACAGAAUUACAGAAUGAGUUGGAUCGGAAAAGACCUCUGAGAUCAUCGAGUGCAACCUAUGACCCGACACCACCGUGUAAAUCAGACCAUGGCACUAAGUGCCAUGGCCAGUCUUUCCUUAAACACCUCGAGGGAUGGUGACUCCAGCACCUCCCUCGGCAGCCCACUCCAAUGUCUAAUCGUUCUUUCUGUGAAGAAAUUCCUCCUGAUGUCCAACUGAAACCUGCCCUGGUACAGUUUAAGACUCUAAGACAGCGUUCCUGGAGUGUCCCUGGGCCAGGGAGAGGGGCUCCUGCCUCAGCAUGGAACACGCCCCACCAUGGAUGGCAUGGUAGGCCCAGCCUUUGGCACAACCAAGGGAACCACAACUCUCCACCUCAAGCUGCCAUUGCCUUUAUCACAGGCACUAUCUCCUCACAGAAGGGGAAAAUCUGUACCUGAGGAGCAGGACCUGAGCAGUGCUGUCUUGGUUGUGAGGAAGGACAAGUGAAAAUGAAGAAACUUGACUGGAGAAACAGGCAAGGAGAUUGGGACAGUGACAAGGAGCAGCCCCAGCUGUGGCUGCAUCCUGCUCGAAGGCACUGCUGAAUCAAACAUGAUUUUCCUGUCUUUAUCAGCAAACAUCCCUUCCAUGCUGCACACCUGGCUUCCCCAUGUGGAUUUAUGUUUCUUUAAACUGGUUUGUACACAAUGUUUUUCCAAUAUAACUGUCAGGACUGACAAAAGGAGCUGUGGAAGCCGUAACAGGGACAGCUCUCAGCCCGCAGGGAUGAGGUACCAGUGGUUCCUCCAGCACUGCCCACAGCCAGACUGGCCCAAGCUGCCCAUGGACACCUCACGCAGCUGUGCUGGGAGCUGCACGUGGGGUACAGGCACCCACAUGCCCUCACUGGAUCAUGCCCUUGGCUUGUGUAUCAGACAUGCAUUAAUUUCCUGCCUGGUUCCUCCUCACAGCUACAGAUGAGGAUGCUCAAUUUUCUCUUCACCUUGUGUAACUCUCAUCUGUAUUGAGAUCAGAGACAAUCUUGAACUGUGUGGUGGCAAUGAUAUGGAUUCUGUAACAAAGAAAACAAGGCAAGAUGGAUCAGAAGUUACUGAAAGACUUAUUACAGAGACUGUAACCACAAGACUGACAUCCUUGCCACCCAAAGGAGGGAGCAGCAGUGGGCUCAAAACAUCAUCCCACACUGGAGGGAGUGGAGUGGAAAAGAGGUCUUACACCCAUGGCAGCAGCUAUGUGACCUCAAGUGGAAGUGGUAGAUUGAAUUCAACAUCAUCAUCCUCUGGCUACAGACAAGCCCAGUCUCCCAGCUCUACUCUCACCAAAUCACCUGGCUCGACAUUUGAAAGGAAAACCUAUGUCAACCGCCAUGCAACUUAUGAAGGGAGCUCCAGUGCCAACUCUUCUCCUGAGUUUCCCAGAAAAGAUUUUGCAUCUACCUCCACCAGAGGGAGAAGCCAAAGUCGAGAGAGUGAAAUACGAGUCCGGCUGCAGAGUGCAUCUCCCUCUGGCAGAUGGACAGAGUUGGAUGACGUGAAGCGUUUGCUGAAGGGAAGUCGAUCGGCCAGCUGCAGCCCCACACGAUCACCAUCAAGUACACUCCCGAUCCCAAAAAAGGCUGUGGUGGAGACAAAGAUGGUCACUGAGAGCUCUCAGUCAGUGUCAGGGACAUAUGACACAACCAUACUGAAUACUGCCCUCCCUUCAUACAUGUGGUCCUCUACUCUGCCUGCUGGGUCUUCCCUUGGUGGAUACCAUAACAGUUCCUCCUUGAUCAAUGCCAUGUCUCACUCCACAGGAUCAGUUUUUGGUGUUCCAAAUAAUCUGGCUCCCAGCAAUCAUACUCUGAAUACGGGCCUGAGCUCUUCCUCUACAGUGUUUGGAGUUCAAAACAACCUGUCUCCAAGCUCUUCAGCCGUGACCCAGAAUGCUACUGCAGCCUCUGCAGCAUAUGGGAUGAAGAACACUUCUCAGAGCAACACCACGGCAAGCACUGCUGUGUCUGCCUCAGCGGGAGGAACUGUCUUGAGCUCCCAAGGAGAUGACAUUUUGCGUAAAGACUGCAAGUUCCUGCUGCUGGAGAAGGAGAAUGCCCCAGCAAAGGAGAUGGAGCUCUUGGUCAUGACAAAGGACAGUGGCAAAGUCUUUAAUGCCUCUGCCACUGGGCUUAAUGGAGGAUCCUUUGCAGAUGAUACCUUGAAGAAGGAGAAGCAGGGAUUUUCUUCCUCUUAUGCUGCAGAUACUGGCCUAAAAUCAGAUGCAAAUGGAGGACUGAAAUCCAUGCCAAAAAGAGACAAAGAAACUUAUGCAGAAAUACGAAGUGGUGAUGUGGGGGGUGCAAUUGGGUCAGCACCAUCCUGGUGUCCCUGUGGUUCCUGCUGUACCUGGUGGAAAUGGCUCCUGGGUUUGCUUCUAGCCUGGUUGUUUCUCCUUGGAUUGCUCUUUGGACUCAUUGCUCUGGCGGAAGAAGUGAGAAAGCUGAAAUCUCGUGUGGAAGACCUGGAAAAAAUCAAUGGUGGCCUCCUGGCAAUUAACCAAGGGAAUUCAAAAUUAGAAAAGGAUGCUAGAAUAGACUUUCUUCAUGGUAUCUCACCCUCCUCGACCUUCCCUUAUGAAAAUGAAGAGUCGGUCUGGUUGAUGGUGAAGAGCAGAUUGAACAAGGAAAUGGAACGAGGCUACUUCCGAGGGGAGAAAGGAGAGCGUGGUGAGAAAGGUGACAUGGGAGUGCAAGGUCCCAAAGGAGACCGAGGACUUCCUGGUGUUCCAGGCAUUCCUGGUCCAAUUGGGCAUCAAGGACCAGAAGGACCAAAAGGACAGAAAGGCAGCAUGGGUGAGCCUGGAAUAGAAGGUCCCAUGGGACAAAGAGGUCGAGAGGGUCUACCAGGGCCUCGAGGGGAGCCAGGACCACCUGGACUGGGAGAAAAAGGAGACAGAGGUGCUAUUGGUGAGCCAGGUCCUCCUGGGCCACCUGGACCCCCAGGUUCUGCUGGCCUAAAAGGUCUGAUGGGUUCUCCAGGCCCACAAGGUCCUCCAGGUCCUCCUGGCCUACAAGGAUUUAGAGGAGAAGCAGGUCUCCCAGGUGCUAAAGGUGAGAAAGGAGCCAGUGGACCUCCUGGACCCAAAGGUGAUCAGGGAGAGAAGGGUUCUCGUGGAAUGACAGGUGAACAAGGCUCAAGAGGAAUGCCUGGACCUCCAGGAGAACCAGGGGCUAAAGGACCUGCAGGACAAGCUGGCCGUGAUGGACAGCCAGGUGAAAAAGGUGAACCAGGUCUUAUGGGAAUGCCAGGUGUCCGAGGCCCUCCAGGACCCUCUGGAGAUGCAGGAGAGCCAGGUCUCACAGGACCCCAAGGACCACCAGGACUUCCAGGCAACCCAGGCCGACCAGGGCCUAAAGGAGAACCUGGAGCUCCAGGAAAAGUCAUAAAUGCUGAGGGCUCAUCAACUAUUACCCUGCCAGGCCCACCAGGUCCCCCAGGCCCACCUGGCCCCACUGGACCUCCAGGUGUUCCAGGUCCUGCUGGCCCAGCUGGUCUCCCUGGACAGCAAGGUCCACGGGGUGAGAAGGGAUCCCCAGGUGAAGCUGUGGUAGAAACUAUCAAAACAGAAGUCUCGUCAUUAGCAUCUCAAAUGCUGGGAGAUUUACAAGGGCGAGCAGGACCACCAGGUCCCCCUGGACCACCAGGUGAAUCUGUGCAGGGACUUCCUGGACCUCGUGGUCCACCAGGAUUACCAGGACCUCCAGGCCCACCAGGGAGACCAGGAUCUUCCAUGUCCACCUCAGAAGGAUUCUUCACGGGCCCACCAGGUCCACCAGGACCACCAGGCCCGAAGGGAGACCAAGGCGAACGAGGUCCACGAGGACUCACGGGAGAACCGGGUGAACCUGGCCUUUCCGCAUUCUCCUCCCAUGGUGAAAGAGUCACCAUACAGGGUCCCCCAGGCCCACCAGGCCCACCUGGACCAAAAGGUGAUGCAGGUGUCCCAGGUGCUCCCGGCAUCCCAGGAGCAUCUCGAGGUGGAUCCAGGCAAAUUCAGGGGCCCCCAGGACCUCCUGGGCCACCCGGUCCUCCUGGCCCAGGUGGAAGUUCAUCUCAAGAGAUUCAGCAGUAUGUCACUGACUACCUGAAGAGUGACAACGUAAGACAUUAUUUGACUGGUGCCCAGGGCCCACCAGGCCCUCCGGGCCCACCUGGAGUUAUCACCACUGCAGAUGGGAUGACCCUGGAUUAUGCAGAGCUGGCUACCCGUAUUAUGAGCUAUAUGACAAGCUCUUCAGGUCGCUAUGAGUCAUUUGCCAGCUCAGCAUCAACUACAUCCAUUUUGUACCAAGAACUUCUGGACCUGCUGCAGCGAGAAGAAAUUCGUCAGUAUCUCAUUGGACCUCGGGGCCCACCAGGACCUCCUGGACCAGGGGGAGAUGGCACAUCUCUGUCACUGGAUUAUGAUGAGCUGACCAGGCGGUUUAUCAGCUAUUUGACAAGUUCUGGUAUGAGCAUUGGACUUCCUGGACCACCUGGGCCUCCAGGGACUCCUGGUAUAUCCUACAGUGACCUCACAGCAUACCUGAGAAACUCCGAAUUCAGUGGAUUUGUUGGGCCCCCUGGUCCUGCAGGGCCCCCAGGACCUCCAGGGAUCCCUGGAACACCAGGCACCACUUUGGAGGAUGUCUCUGCCUACCUACAAAAUGUGGGAUACUCUUCCCUUUCUGGAGUCCGGGGCCCACCUGGUCCUCCUGGCCCUCCAGGACCCCCAGGCUUCUCAGGAACUGGCCUUUUGUCCUAUGCUGACAUCACCCACAGCGAUGAGUUCAGGAGUGAGCUGAUCCAGUACCUGAAGAGUGAUGAAGUUCGAAGCUACAUCUCAGGGCCGCCUGGGCCCCCUGGGCCACGGGGACCACCAGGACCCAAAGGAGACAGUGGUUUCAUGGCUGGGUCUAUGUCUUCAUCCUACCAAGGGUUACGAACUUCUGAGCGCUCACAUGGAGGAUCCCUUGGUGCUGAGGGCUCCCAUGGGGGGUCGCUGGGCUCAAGCAGCCCAUAUGGCAGCUCCAUGAGCAGGAUGUCCUCUUACCACUCCUCAGCGGGCAGCGAUGGCACUUACGGUGCCUCCAUGGGUGGUGAUGGGACUUACGAUGGGUUGCUGACGGAGGAGGAAUCCCACAGCAGAUCAGCGGGUUCAAGCAGAUCCUAUAGCAAUUCCUUCUCUGGUUCCCUGGAUUACAACGAGCUGGCACUCCGUGUGUCAGAGAGCCUACAGAGCCGAGGUAUUCUUCAGGACCUGAUGUCUUACACCGCACAAGGACCCGCAGGUCCCCCAGGCCCUCCUGGUCCCCCUGGCAUCAGCAAGGUCUUUGCAGCCUAUGGCAAUGUCACUGAGGACCUCAUGGACUUCUUUAGAACUUAUGGUGCCAUCCAGGGGCCACCUGGUGAAAAGGGAGAGAGGGGUUAUCCUGGACCCAAAGGUGACCCUGGACCAAUGGGCCCACCAGGACGACAAGGGCACAGGGGACCGAAAGGAGAGAAGGGAGAGAAAGGUGAACAAGUGUAUGUUGGCAGAAGAAAAAGAAGAAAUGUUGGGGUUUAAGGAAAGAGGCAGCUCAGUUCUGCACAGGGCAGCAAUCCCAGCAGCCUGUAGAGAAUUAGCCUGACUCUUCACUGCCUUAAUGCUAAACAGUCCUUUGCCACUCAGCUGACCCCUUAGACUUGAUAGUUCAGUGUUGCUGCAGAGAUCUGAAUGUCUCCUGUACGUGUCCAGCAUGGCCCCAGUGUGGGUGUUUGCUCCUGUUACUGAUGUUUGCCUGCCUGACCCUGAGCUCCCAGGCUAAGGGCUUCCUGUCUCACCUAGUCCAGGCUUCCUGUAUUGCUCCCAGCUAUGUAAAAACCUGGUUUUUUUU